UCGGUGACAUGACUUGUUCCCGACUAUUACGACUAAUGAAGACAAAUUUCAGUCGAUUUCACAUCGAUAAAAAUGACUUGUUCACGACAAUCACGACCAAGUUAAAAGCAGACUUAUGCCAUUGCGACUUGCAUACUGUAUCAGCCUCUCAGUUAUUGCAGAUGAACAAACAGAGGAAUAAAGAGUUAUAUGACACUGAUGUGCCGAAUGACAAGUGGUCGAAAGAGUCGGUGGAAUUAUUCAAUAAGUUAAAUAAAUUAGGAGAUGACUGGAAAAUACACUACCGUGCUAUGACUGAGGGUCCGGAUGGUUCCAGGGUUUUUCCAAGUGCAUUAAAAGAUGAGCCAUGGAAAUUUUUUCAGUAUGCUUUUUUUCAUAAUUCCAAGUUACAAUGUAUGAAGGCUGUUGUGCAGUUUGGAAUUUAUUUGAGAGGGCCUGUUGGGUUGGUUCACGGCGGUGCUAGUGCCACUAUACUUGAUGCUGCAAUGGGAAACUGCGUUCAUUACUGUGGCCACAGAGCUUUAACUGGAACUUUGAAUAUUGAAUAUAAAAGACCGUUACCUCUCAAUUCAGCAACAUUGGUUGAAGCUAAAAUUGAUAAAAUUGAAGGUCGAAAGAUCUUCUCGUCAGGAGAAAUAAAGACGACAGAUGGUUCUGCAGUUUACUCUAAGAGCACUGCUGUAUUUAUAAUAGUAUAAUAAUUUUUAUUUCACUC